AUGGCCACCCUCAAAGUCUUUGUCAACAAGACCAAGAACUGCGUAGCUUUUGUCGAAUCGGACUUGGAUUUCGUGGAUGUUCUCCUCAGCUUCCUCACGCUGCCUGUAGGCACCGUCGUCCGUCUUCUCAACAAGCAGUCGUCCUUGGGUUGCGUUGAUAAGCUCUACCAAGGCGUCGAGCGGCUCGAUGAGAAAUACCUUGCGACGGCAGCCUGCAAAUCGAUGUUGACGAAGCCGGUGAAUUCAUCUGGAUUUAAAUGCCAGAAGCUAAAGAUUAAUAUUUAUGGAAAGGGAGAGUUAUACACAUGCACAUCCGAAGUUUGUUCUUAUCGUGCGCUCAGCUACUAUUCGAACCUCGAAUGCCAUUGUGGUAGUGCCAUGCACAGGGCAAUUAGCUACGAUCUGAAUCAAGAUUGCGAUAACUAUGAAGAACUUCAUGGUGUAUUCAUCAAGGGGGUUAAAUUUGCUGUCACAGAUGAUCUAUCUGUUUCUUUGAUCGGGCACGCCAUGUCGUCUCUUAACGACUGUUGCAAUGGUGAUUGGCGCAACAUGGAAGAGAGAUUGGUGAAGAUUGAUAAAUCACAGGUUUUGCAUAUUCUUAAAAGAUCCCUCGUUUCCGACACUCCGCUAACUGACGUUUUAUUGCACAACGGAAAAGAUAUCUGCCCCAAGUUUUCCGUUCCUUCUUCUGUAGAAAAAACAGUUGCAAUCGAGGCGUUUGACAAGGAGAAGAAAAUAUACAGAAUCAAGCUGGCCCUUGCGGGGAACAAGGUGCUGUAUGCCGAAGCUGGUCAGGACUUUGUCGAUGUGAUUUUCAGUAUCCUCACGUUCCCGUUGGGUGCUUUGAAAAAGCACAUGGGCAGUCGAUUCAAGAUUGCAUGCCUUAAUAACUUGUACGGUAGUGUUGAGCGAUUGGCUUCCUCAGGUUACGUGGUUGAAGGCUGUGAAGAGACCCUGCUUAAUCCUAAGCUCCCACCGUAUUUCAACUGCAAGCAUCAAGUAAUUGGGGUGGCAGUGGAGAAGGAAAAAUUCUACUACGCAUGUGACUACCGCUGCAAACUAAGUUCAACGAGGUACCACUGCUCCUCGCCUGGCCAUUCGGGUAGAAAGGCAAAACGGGCACUGCUUAUAGAUCCCAAGACAUCAUCCGAGGGAUUAGAUUUUCCUGAGGGAAGCUUCUGCAAGGAAUUAACGUACAUGGUUAGCGACGAACUCGUAGUCACCCCGUUCUCCUUCACCUCAGUCAUUUCACUUCACAGGCAAAUCUCUGAUCCAAUCAAGAUCGCAGAGUUGGUCAUAGAUAAAGAAGAGGCUCUCGAUCUGCUUGAUGCUGCAUUGUCUUCCAGUACAGCGCUGACUGAUGCAUUUUUUGCUAGAGCUAAUGCUGCACUUGGUUUGAUCGAUGAGAAGGAUGAAUGA